UUUUUGCAAUGGCUCCUAAAAGACUAUCAGCAGUCACAAAGGUGACGGUUUCCACCACAGUUGGAGACAGGAUUGUAGCAUUAAAGAGUCGACGACAGUCUCUACAAGGUGUGAGAGCCAGUACGCUGAUAAUUUACAAACGUCCUCCUGUGAUCAAAAUGGUGGUAAAUGCCUUGAAGAAAAGCAAAGAUCGGAAAGGUACAACAGUUGCAGCAAUAAGGAAUUACAUUCUGACAACAUAUCCCACAGUGAACCCUGUCUACUUGAAGACCAGUCUUAAGAAAGCCUUAGCUAUUGGCCUGGAGAAGGGUAUUUUGGUUCGACCUGCAAACUCCAAAGCAACUGGUGCCACAGGAAGAUUCAAACUUGCAAGUAAAAGUGACCUGAAGAGAAACAAUGAAAAUGUGGAUCCAAACAGUGGCUCGGUCAAAAUGACAGCUACAAAAGUGAAGGCCAAGGUGAAGAAAACGGAGGCUGAUAAAAAAGCAGAUACAAAGUCCAAAACACAAUCUGCACAUACUUCCAAAGGCAAAGGAGAGAAGUCUGGGAAGGUUAAGAAGCUGGGACAGUCCUCUCUCCCCAAGCCCAAAGGAAACAAUAGCAAAAAGAGCAAGGCUGUAAAAGAGGAACCAGAUUCACUUCCUAAAGUGCCAUUAAAGAAGGCUUCCAAUCUGUUGCCCCAAACUGGAACAGGAAUGAAACAAGGCCCAAAGAGCAAAAGUAAGAAGAGAGAACUGAACCAGGCACCAUCCUCUUCAGAGGACACUCAACUGCCAGCCCCUAAAACUGGCUCAUCUGCUCCAGGGCUGACAGUAAAAGCUGCUGAAGGUCUAAGCAAGAAAGCAGAAAGCAAGACCAAGGACAAAAGCACCAAAAAAUGAUUGCCCAAAAUGCUGGGCUCUACACCAUCUCUUGAAACUCCUAGUAACUUAUUAAAUUUGAUUUGAUUUGCACUUUUUAAAAAUGCAUUUUGUAAACUGUUCAAUAAAAUAUAACAUUAAUAUGGA